AUGGCCUGCGUCACGUGCGGUGUUGAUGUCUCGCAAGCUUACUUUGAGCGCGACUCGCUCCUCUACUGCCGUGAACACGCGCGUUCCGCCUUCAAGGUCCGCGGCGCCGACGAGUCGCCCGCCUCCUCGGCCUCGUCCAACUCAUCCGGACGUGUGAGUGGUCCGCGCGGCUCGCUCCACCGCGCCUCUGCCUCUGUUCCUGCUUCUGAUCUCGCGCCUGCGACCUCCUCGCCGCCUCCUGACGACGAGCGCCCGCCCGAUGGUGCCGCCGUCAUGGCGCCGGAGCUCGUCGUCGACCAGCGGACAUCCCGGGUAGAGUCGGCCGUCAUAGAGCCCGGCAAGGUUGUCGCCGCUCUCCCGCUGGCCACCGAGAUCGACCAGGCCGACGCGCUCGCCUUCCUCUCCCAGCUCAUGGACGAGGAAGAUCUGUCGUACUACGCAAACUUGUCCAAAAAGGACAUGAAGGCGAGAAAGAAGCGCCAAAAGGCCGAGGCCAAGCGCCGAAAGAAGCUCGCCAAGGAGACCGGCGCAUCCCAUCCCGACGCCGCCGACACGACCUCUUCGUCGCCGUCUGCCCAUCCGUCCGACGCACCCGACCUCAAGUUUGAUGAUGGCGGUGCUGUUGUCGGCGGCUCGCCCGCUCGCCUCGUCGAGCGUCUCACCUACGAGCGCCACCCGACCCCGACCUACAUGCAGACCUUCAUGCUCACGUUUCGGUCGUUCGCCACCCCGCGCGAGCUGGUCCAGCUCCUGGCCCGCCGCUUCAACACGCCCACCCCCGCCACACUGAGUGACGAGGCCAAGCUCGAGCACUACCGCCAGACCCUCGUCCCCAUCCGCCUUCGUGUCCUCAACGCCUUCAAGUUUUGGAUCUCCACGCACUGGUACGACUUUGAGGCUGACGACGGCCUCUGCGACGUCGUCAUCGCCUUUGCCCGCAACACGCUUGCAGCCUGCAUGCCCGGCCCCGCCGCCGCUGUCGUCUCAAAGAUCGAGCGCAUGCGCGCGAGCGGCCGCGAGUCGGCAGUCGCUCAGCUUGCCCGCAAGCAACCCAAGCCGGUUCUCCCCAAGGUUCUCAAGGCCAACCCGGACCUGGACAUCGCCGCCGCACUCGCGGCAGGCCCCGAUGCCGCGCUUGCUCUCCGCGACAUUCCGCCGCUUGAGCUUGCGCCUGUUUGCGCCGUUGAGCCGCGCGAGUGCGUCUCCAAGCAGUGGUCCCGUGUCGACGCCGCCGGCAACUCGGCUGCCCCAAACAUCUCCGCCAUCGCAGCCCGGUUCAACACUGUCUCCCGUUGGGUCGCUUCGGCCAUCGUCUCCGAGCCCGAGCUCAAGAAGCGCAAGGCGCUCAUGGCCUACUUUCUCAAGGUCGCUGGCAAGUGCGCCAAGCUCAACAACUUCAACUCGACCAUGGCCAUCCUCGCUGGCUUCCACUCCUCGGCUGUCUACCGCCUCAAGAUGUCAUGGGACGGCCUGCCCAAGUCCGCCGCAAAGGCUUACGCCAAGCUCGAGGCGCUCACCAACUCGGCCUCCAACUACAAGCAACUCCGCGCUGCCCUCCGCAAGUCCAACCCACCCGCCGUCCCCUACCUCGGCAUGUUCCUCACCGACUUGACAUUUGUUGAGGAUGGCCUCCCGGCAUACAUCGACGCCGCAGACGCCGCUCCUUCGCCUCGCCUCAUCAACUUUACCAAGCUCCGCAAGGUCGCCACAGUCAUUCGCGGCAUCCAGCUCUUCCAGCACGAGCCGUACUCAUUUGUCGAAGUCCCCGCCCUCGCCCGCUUCCUCCGACACGACCUCCACCCGCUCACAGACGACGACAUGUAUCGCCUCUCCCUCGACAUCGAGCCGCGCGGGGCCUACAAGUCCAAGUCCAAGUCCAAGUCCAAGUCAUAG